AUGGGCGGUGGCGACGGCUUGUGGCUUUGCACCGAAUGGAAGGGAACAGUUGCUUUUGUGGUCUCCAGAACAGAACCAGACUCUGGAGCAGCUGUAUGGAAGAACUUGGGGAGGGCGCAGAAAAUUGCUGACAUUGGGGACAAAGGGAAGGAUGUAAUUGUUCCAGUAUUGGCGUUGCAGGAUGGGAGUAUUGGAGUUAGUGUGAAGCUGCAAAACGCACCAGUAGCUAAGCAGUCGUCCAUUUUCCAGGCGAUUUCUUGUGACAUGGGCGGUGGCGACGGCUUGUGGCUUUGCACCGAAUGGAAGGGAACAAUUUCUCUCGUGGUCUACAGAAUAUAG